CUCAUGGUCUACUACGUUGACAGUUGAAUGUCAGCAAACAAACGUCAAAUAAAAAUGUUUGCUUUCCAAGAGGUGAAUGAAAUUUCCACAAAUAAAACUAAACGAUGGCCACAGAAAAUUUGUUGCUGCAAAAUUACACAGCUGAUGUGUGUGAGACAGUAAAAUGCGAAAUUUGUCUACUCACAUUUCGAACAACGACUGAACGAAAUACACAUAUUCUCAAUCAUUUUCAACAAUCUUCUUGUUCAGUAUGCCAACAGAGUUUGAUUCGAAUCGGAGACACAUGGUACAGUGAGCAUUUACAUAAUGCCAUACCAAAAACUGAACUGAACACCGAUGUAGGCAAUGAAUAUACAGCAGAAACAGUGAUUGUGCCGAAUUUUGUUGCAAUCAAUUUCAAUAAUGUGUUGCAUGAAAACUGUAUUGAAAACGAGUCAAAGCCAACGGCAAGCGUUGAGAUUGAUCCAAUUUUCAGUGGAAUGUGUGCAACACAGGCUGAAGACCAACUAAUGGGAAUAAAUGCUUUUGCGAGACCAAAUGAAUUCCAACCUGAACCAAUAUUUCUACCCGAAUUCAUCGAACAUAAACCACAGGAUAUUAUUCACAAUGAAUUCAUCAUGGAAAAUGAGCCUGAUGAAUGUGUCAGGUAUAGUUCUGCAGUACGUCAAGCAAAAGAUGCGACUUCAAAGAAAACAUACACUGAAAAGUGCCCAAUAUGCAGUAAAAUUAUGACUAAAAGAUCCUUCAAAUUUCACAUGAAUAUUCACCGAGGCAUCAAACCAUAUAAAUGUGCCACAUGUGACGAUGCAUUUGCAGAUGUGCGAAAUCUCCAAAAACAUGUCAAAACGUGGUAUCACAAAAUGGGAAACGAUAAUACGACAACAUCCAGUACUAGGAAAUCGACCAGAAAGAGCAAACAAAAUGAAGCGAACCCAAUGACCAGCAAUGAGAUUGAUCCGAUUUCUAGUGGAUCAAAUGAAACACAGGCUGAAGACAACAUAACGGUGAUAAAUUCUUUUGCACGACCAAAUGAAUUCCAACCCGAACAAAUCAUACUCCCUGGAUUCGUUGGAGAUAACUCACAUGAAAUUAUUCAGAGUGAAUAUAUUAUGGAAAGUGAGCCCGAUGAAUGUGGUGAUAAUAGCUUUGCAGGCUGUCAAGGGGAAGACACGAAUUCAAAAAAAACUGACACUGACAUGUGUCCAAUAUGCGGUAAAGUUAUGACUAGAAGAUCCUUAAAAUUUCACAUGAACAUUCACCGGGGUCUCAAACCGUAUAAGUGUGUCACAUGUAACGCAGCAUUUGCAGAUGUGCGAAAUCUCCAUAAACAUGUCAAAUCGUCGAUACACAAAAUGAGAAACGAUGAUGCGACAACAUCCAGGACUCGAAAAUCGUCAAGAAAUCGGAAGCAAAAUGAAACAAAUGAAUCAAAUGGAGGAAUUAGUACCACGGAAAGACAAAUCAGCCAUAUUUCCCAUUUGGUGGAGCCAAAAGAUGAGAGCUAUUCUCAAAUGGAAUGCGAAUUCAAUGAGGACAAUGGAAACACGCGCAGUGAAGAUAAUACUUUGACAAAUUUGGACAACAAUGUUGAAGAUCAUCCGAUGCCAUUAGCAACGAUGGAAAAUACACGCGGUGACAAUGAUAAUGAUACGAUUGAGUUAAAUCCGAAAGACGUUCAAAAAGACGAUGAACAACAGCAACAAAAUGAAUCUCAAGCGAUAGAGAAACGGACGGGAACAGGAGGAACAUGUGAAAUAUGCAAUAAGAGAAUUGUCUGUAGAACUGGAUUAAAAUACCAUAUGAACAUUCACCGUGGUCUCAAACCGUAUGUUUGCGAUGUAUGCGGCAGAGCCUUUUCGGAUAAACGCAAUAGGAACGAGCAUAAAAAACGGCACUUGCCAACCAAGUGCGCUAAUCCAAAUGAUUACAUUGAAAUCGAUGGUGUGGAAAUAAUUUUGACGAAAGAACAACUGGCAAAGUUGGAAUGUCCAAUUUGCAAUAGGAAUUUCUCAAAUCGAAAAGUAUUGAAACGUCAUCUAGAAACGCAUCAGGGUAAAGAAUACAAGUGCAAAUUAUGCGAUAAAUCAUACGCCAGAGUGCAUCAAUACAGAUGGCAUCGAAGAAUAGCUCAUGCAGAUAUCGAUGUAAUUCCUGGUGAAACGGUCGAACAAGAGGAACUGUGUAUCGAAGACUAUGAAGAUGGUAUGAACGCAUCAAUUCCGAUCGACUGGAUGUGCGAGUAUUGCAAUUUGGAUUUUGAAUUCGAGAUGUGGUUGGCAAAGCACAUUAUGAAGGAGCACAACGAAGAGAAGCAAGAACAUCCGUGUAAUAUUUGUGAAGAGAAGUUUCGUCAACCACAUGAUUUAUUGUUGCAUAUGAGAGGUCAUCCCGAAAGUUAUCAGCAUAAGUGUAGCUUUGAUGGCUGUGGCCAAGGUUUUGCAUUCAAGUCGAGCUUAGGACUUCAUAUGGAUAAACAUGCAAGGCUAAACAAGCCAAUUGAAAGGAAAACACAAGAUCAUCUCGCCAAUAUAACUAAAAUCCAACUCAAUAACGAAGAGAAAAGUGAACUGGCGUGUACUAUAUGCAAUAAAAAAUUCUCGUCGCGAACUUGCCUGUUGGCUCACAUGCAAGGAGUACAUACAAAUAAACGAAUGAAAUGUCCUAUCGACGGAUGUGAUAAAAUUUUCAAAUCAAAUGCUGGAGUUAUGGGUCACAUGCAAAAUAUCCACCCAGACGCAAUGAGGGAGUGCGAAAUAUGCAAAAAAACAUUCUGCACCGAAGAAAUGCUGGCCCAACAUCGAUUGAGUCAUCAAAGAGAGAAGAAACAAUUGUUUGCGUGCAGUUUUUGUGAUAAAAAAUUGUCUACGAAACAUGAGCUACGAUUGCACUUGAAGCACCACGAAAAAGAUGCCGCGUGCAAUAUAUGUGGACAUGUGUUCGCCGACGUUAAAUAUAUGCUGGAACAUCGGGAAAGGCAUGGCAAAAAGCCUGUCAUCACAUGCCGAUUCAAAGGUUGUAAUCUAGUGUUUGAAGAUCGUAGAGAAUUUAUGCGUCAUACAAGUACUCAUCCGGACAACGAGAAGAGAAAAUUUAUUUGCAACCACUGCGGUAAAGCCAUGGCUUCAAAAUCUUCAUUGAAAGAUCAUAUCCAUAGUCAUACGGGUGAAAAGCCUUGGAAGUGUGAUCAAUGCAACAAAUGCUUCGGACGAAGCGGCAUGCUAUAUCGGCACCUUAUGAUUCAUAGCGGGAAAAAACCGUACGUUUGCGACAUUGAGGGAUGCCAACAAGCGUACAGGGAUAGCAUCGAUUUGAAACGCCAUAAAUUUAGCGUACACAAAAUUUAUUCCAAAAAACACAUUUGUUCGAUCUGUGAGAAGGUCUUUUCUGAACGGAAACUGCUCACGAAACAUACAAUAAGCGUGCAUGGGAAAGUUGUUGCUGCAACGACCUCAUUAAAUCGAUUCAAAAUUAUCUAAAAAUGAGGUCUUUCUUAAGAGAUUCGGCACCUUUUCAAUUUGCAGAGAUUCGGAAUAUUCCCAACGAUGGUGUUGCUGAAACAAAAAUUUCUGAUGCUGAUUUAUGUUUUGAAAUGAUUUCAAACAUCUUUGUGUCGACCAAAUGGAUCACAGCUAUUGUGAACAAAUUGUUUGUACAAGACUAGAAUGUAACAUUGAAAACAAGAAAAAAUGCAGAAUAUGUAAAUUUGAACAACCAAAUUCAGUUGGUGUGUUCAGUAAAUCAAUGCAAUUUAAUGAGUGAGUGAGAAAUAAAUUACAGAUCUUUGCUUAAGA